GGUGCGAUACAUCAGCGACAGGCACCGACCCUGCCCCCGAAGCGGUGCAGCUGGUGGUGGGGCCCGGGGCCCUGGUCGGGACUAGUGGCGGUAAUGUACUACAAUGGGGACAUAGGGCACCAUGUGCAAUUCGGAGCUCAUUAGUUUGGACGCUCAGGUCUGGGCUACUACGGUGGCCUACCAACAUUGCUGCAACCCAGCUAUGGCUGCGAGACCCGUGGGUCGGUCCCCAUGUGGCUCAGGUACCCUGCAUACGACGGCAGCGAGGCCAUCCUGACGCAGUGCCCGAGUGCGGGUCUGGUCAAGAGCUCCGACUGGGACCCCUUGGGAGAUGUUUCUCCGGGUAUGAGCCGCUGUACGGCAAUACCUCUGACGUGGGAACAGCUUAGGGAUCCGGAGCAGUACUUGGUGCUGCCCCGGCUUCCCCGACCCCGGCCCCGCCUCCCAAUCCCACCCCCUCCUAGCCCGUCGUCUCCUUCGCCCCUCGCCCCUCCGUCACCUUCCCCUUGGCAUCCCAGCCCGCUCCUACGAUAAGUUGACAUGGGCCUUGUUGCCGGCGUAAGAUCCGCAUUUUCUCCUGCUGUUGCUGCUGGUUUCUAGCUUCCCCUGCCCCCAGCCCGCCUCCUCCGCUGCCCAGCCCCCCUCCCUCUUUCCCCCCGCCCUCGCCUCCGCCCCCCGCCUCGAGCUGCUGGCGGUAUCACCCGGCCUGCUGCCGCUGGCAGGCGACGCCCUCCUGUUAGCGGGGCUCUUCGAGGUGUGGCCGACGGAGGGCCCGAUGAAAUUCACCUGUUUGUUUACCCAGACAAUUGCCUCGGCGGGAGGCAGGGCUGAGAACUACAUGGCGGAGCGUCCCUCCCGUGUCCGCCCUGCCCUGCCCCGUCCCUGUGGAUCGCAGCUCUGCGGCCUACCUGCAGGUCAGCGCCGCUCGCAGCCCCACAGACCCAGCAUGGAGGGGCUGCAGGAGGUUGCUGCGGCCGCCAGGCGCCCUGUCCCGCUGACUGCAGCGGCCGCGGCACUUACGGACUGGGUGUGUGUGCCUGCAAGGACGGGUGGACUGGAGAUGACAGUGAAACGCUGGUGCCCGACUUCGCCAUUGACAGCCUGCAAGGCGGCCCCACCAAUGGCAGGUGCUGCUGGAGCGCACCCCCUGGACCGCCCAUCCCGUUCUCGCCAACCCGCCUAGCUCCUUGCAGCCGAUCUAGCCACCAUCACGCAGUCAACUCCACAACCAGCCCGACCACCUAGCCCGCCACAGCAGCCACCCCCGACACCGCCGCCUCGGCCCACCUGAUCACCAUCACUGAUGUGUCGAACAGUGGCAAGGUGGCAACCCACAGCUUCUAUGCUUGUUCUCUACUGUUGUUUGGCAUUGCGGAGCUCAGGUUGCCCGGCGGCUCUCGGGUGGCCCCAGGCAGCAGGGCGACCAUUAUGGUCCGUGUGGGUCUGAGCCAGGCUGUGAUCGCUGCUGCAGCAGAUGCCACCAUGCUGCUCCCCUUGCUGCCAGUCUCGGUGCAGGUGCGGCAGACCUCCCAGCUGGGCUCCACCUUCUCCUCCAGCAGUGGCUUCCAGGUGCUGCGGGCCAACAGGAGCUCGGGAGACAGCGCCGUCCCAGUGGAGCCGGCUGUGCUGCAGAGCAGCUUGGGGUGAGUGUGACAGGCCGGGGGCACAGCCGGGUUCGAUGAAUAAAAUGGAGGGAUGUCAAGCAGGGCUUGAGUAGGCCGAAGUGUCAACAGAAGGGAUGAGUGUAGUUGCCCUGCGCUGGGAACCGCAGCACACGAAGGUGCAGAAUGGGCUCAACGAGGACACGUUCUGGUUGAACUGGAUGCAGAACAUCCGCUUUGAUGCGAGGCAGCUUUGAGUGGUUCGUGUGAGUGCUCAAAUCCAUCCGCAUCCAGUUCAGCCGGAAUGUGUCCUCGAUGAGCCCCUUCUGCACGUGCUGAUUGUCGUAUAGCUCCACCACCACGUACCCAGGGGCAAACCCAGAACUGGAGGGUUGGCUGCCGUGUGUGGCCGAAACAUUGGCUGCAGUACACCUGCCAGGGUCAGGGGAGCUUCAGGAGAUCCAUGAGGAGUGUGGACAAAUGCUUGGCCGAUGGGAUAGUGCGGAAUCAGUGCACAGGGUACAUGGUGCAGGCAGAGACCUUUCCAUGCACAUGAGAUCCGCACGUCUACGUGCGCUCGGUGCUGCCUUCAGGGCAGGGUGUAGGCGGAACGUGGUGGCAGCGAUGUGUUGCGCUGCGGAGAGUGGUGGCCAGCUGCUGGCUAGGGGUGGAUUGCAGCUGGAUGCACAGGGUCAUGUGGUAGGGUCGGCGCGUGUGUGGCAUCAGGAUCGGGAUCCCUCUAACAACACGGUAUCCAACCUAAUGGUGUUAACAGAGGCCGCACAGGGGCUGGCCCUACACCGAGCUCUGGUCCGGGAGUGGCAUGAGUAGAGGUCUGGCUGGCUGGCUGGCUGGCUGGCAUGGGACAGGAACAGACGACGUGGGUUGGAGGCUCCCCUGCAGAUGGCACCCUGCUCUACCAGCACCGCUUGGUGCUCUCCGUUCCCUUCACUGCCUCAACCAUCAGCAGCAGCAGUGGGCAGCAGCUGGACCCGUGAUUGAUGGCAGUGUGCAGCUUGCGGUCUUUGCAGGGUGUGUGGGGUCGCUGGAGGAUUUGGCUUCCCUGAACGUAAUGGUGUGCAGUCACCUGGUCGCCAUCUCUGGACCUCCACCCACCCUUACAGUCAACACCAUCCUUGCUACGCCACCCUCUUCCCUGUGCACCUCCAGCCUGCCCCUCUGCCAGGAUGUGCAGGACGGCACAGCAGGGGUGGCCCCUGGGAGUGUGGUGCUGCAACUGCCGGUAGCAUCAGCACUUAUGCAAGGCUCGGGAGCAGCAGAGCUAGAGUACUACUUAGCUUCCUUGAUGCUCCCUGGCUCCAGGAGGAGAACAUUGCAAAUAGGUGGGCUUGCUGGCAGCAUGGUGUCCUCCUCCUCCACCUUCAACUCCACUGCGGUCACCUGUACGUGCAGCUGGGCUGCCUGCUCGCCAUCAGCAAGCUGCUGCAAGAGUUGGUAGUGGUGAACAAGCACCUCGGCUGCUCGGAGUUGGGGUACGACACUGGCGGGGUGGGGGACGACGGCCCCAGGUUGUCAGGACACAUCCAGGGCAGGCGGCGGCUCCAUGGGAUGGGAUGGUGGCUCCAGGUCAGGGGGUACUGGAGGCGGCAGCAGCAGGGAGGAUCAGAGUGACACCAUCAUUUGUGACUGGACUGCACAGUUUGGGCUAAAGUGGGGGGACCCAUGUGACCUGGGUGUGGAUCAGGGCGCCUCUGUAUUCAUCAUUAGCAGGUAUGUCUGUAGGCAGAUGCAAGC